UCAGGGACCAUUGCAAUUUAGAGAUGUGGCCAUAGAAUUCUCUCUGGAGGAGUGGCAUUGCCUGGACACUGAGCAGCGGAAUUUAUAUAAGGAUGUGAUGUUAGAGAACUACAGAAACCUGAUCUUCCUUGAUAUUACUGUUUCUAAGCCAGACCUGAUCACCUGUCUGGAGCAAGGAAAAAAACCUUUGACUAUGAAGAGAAAUGAGAUGAUUGCCAAACCCUCAGUAAUGUGUUCUCAUUUUGCCCAAGACCUUUGGCCAGAGCAGAGCAUAAAAGAUUCUUUCCAAAACGUGGUACUGAGAAAAUAUGAAAAAUGUGAACAUGGCAAUUUACAGUUAAAAAAAGGAUGUAUAAGUGUGGAUGAGUGUAAGGUGCACAAAGAAGGUUAUAAUGAACUUAACCAAUGUUUGACAACUACCCCGAGAAAAAUAUGUCAAUGUGAUAAAUAUGUGAAAGUCUUUCAUCAAUUUUCAAAUUCAAACCGAAAAAAGAGAGGACAUACUGGGAAAAAACCUUUCAAAUAAAUAGAAUGUGGCAAAGCUUUUAAGCAGUUCUCAACUGUUACUACACAUAAGAAAAUUCAUACUGGAGGGAAACCCUACAAAUGUGAAGAAUGUGGCAAAGCCUUUAACCACUCUUGUAGCCUUACUAGACAUAAGAAAAUUCAUACUGGAGAGAAACCCUAUAAGUGUGGAGAAUGUGGCAAAGCCUUUAAACACUCCUCCACUCUUACUACACAUAAGAGAAAUCACACUGGAGAGAAACCAUAUAAGUGUGAUAAAUGUGGCAAAGCCUUUAUGUCAUCCUCAACCCUUAGUAAACAUGAGAUAAUUCAUACGGAAAAGAAACCCUACAAAUGUGAAGAAUGUGGCAAAGCCUUCAACCGUUCCUCAACUCUUACCACACAUAAGAUAAUUCAUACUGGAGAGAAACCCUACAAAUGUGAAGAAUGUGACAAAGCCUUUAAGUACUCCUAUACCCUUACGACACAUAAGAGAAUUCAUACUGAAGAGAAACCCUACAAAUGUGAAGAAUGUGGCAAAGCCUUUAAGUACUCCUCUACCCUUACUACACAUAAGAGAAUUCAUACUGGAGAGAAACCCUACAAAUGUGAAGAAUGUGACAAAGCCUUCAAGCGGUCUUCAGACCUUACUACACAUAAGAUAAUUCAUACUGGAGAGAAACCCUACAAAUGUGAAGAAUGUGGCAAAGCUUUUAAGUACUCCUCUAACCUUACUACACAUAAGAAAAUUCAUACUGGAGAGAGACCCUACAAAUGUGAAGAAUGUGGCAAAGCCUUCAACCAGUCCUCAAUCUUUACUACACAUAAGAGAAUUCAUACUGGAGAGAAAUUCUACAAAUUUGAAGAAUGUGGCAAAGCUUUUGAGUGCUCCUCUAACCUUACUACACAUAAGAAAAUUCAUACUGGAGAGAGACCCUACAAAUGUGAAGAAUGUGGCAAAGCCUUCAACCAGUCCUCAAUCCUUACUACACAUAAGAGAAUUCAUACUGGAGAGAAAUUCUACAAAUGUGAAGAAUGUGGCAAAGCCUUCAAGCAGUCCUCAUGCCUUACUACACAUAAGAUAGUUCAUACUGGAGAGAAAUUCUACAAAUGUGAAGAAUGCAGCAAAGCUUUUAAGCAGUUCUCUAACCUUACUACACAUAAGACAACUCAUACUGGAAAAAAACCCUACAGAUGUGAAGAAUGUGUCAAAGCCUUUAAGCACUCCUCUAAACUUACUACACAUAAGAGAUUUCAUACUGAACAGAAACCCUACAGAUGUGAAUAAUGUGGCAAAGCUUUUCACCUAUCCUCACACCUUACUACACAGAAGAUAAUUCAUACUGGAGAGAAACCGUGUGAAUGUGAUGAAUGGGGAAAAUCUUUUAACCAGCCCUCAAUUUCUAACUAUGAGAAUUGAUAUGGAAUAUAAACCCUACAAAUAUAAAGAACGUGACAAAUUUUUUAAGGAACUUCUCAACCUUUAUUACACAUAAUUCAUACUGGAAAGGAACCCUACAAUGUGAAGAAUGUGGCAAAGCAUAUAACAAGUUCUCUCUUUUUUUUUUUUUUUUUUUUUGAGAUGGAGUUUCAACUCUUGUCACCCAGGCUGGUGUGCAGUAGCACAAUCUCGGCUCACUGCAACCUCCGCCUUCUGGGUUCAAUCCAUUCUUCUGCCUCAACCUCCCUAGUAAGGGGGAUUACAGGUGCCCACCCCCAUGCCCAGCUAACUUUUGUAUUUUUAGUAGAGACAAGGUUACACCAUGUUUGUCAGGCUGGUAUCCAACUCCUGACCUCACAUGAUCCACCCACCUCAGCCUCCUAAAGUGUUGCAAUUACAGGUAUGAGCCACCAUGCCUGGCCACAAGUUCUUAAUUCUUAAGAGACAUGGUGAUAAUUCAUUCUGAAGAGGAACUCUACAAACCUGAAAGAUGUGACAGUGCUUUUGUCAACACCUCCAUCCUGUCUAUAGAUAAAAUUUUAUACUAGUGUGAAACCCUAGAAAUAUAUAAAAUGUGAAACAGCCUUUAUGUAGUUGCCACAUUUGAUAGUAAGAUAAUUCAUACUGGCAAAAUUCCUACAAGCAUGAAGAAUGUGGCAAAACGUAAUCAAUGUGUACACAUAAUUUUGCAGGAAAGCUAUUAUCCUUGAGAAAAAUUGUACAAAUAUAAAGAAUAUGGAAAACCCAUUAAUGCCUACUCACAUCUUACUCAACGUAAGAAGGUUCAUAGUUAAUAAAAGCAUUAAAAGUGCAAUUACUGUCAAAAAAUCUUUCAGAAAAUAUAAGCCUUUAAAGUGAAGAAGAGUAUUUAUUCUGAAACAACCAUUACAAAUAUACAGGAGGUUUAUUGCACACAUUUUGUACUAGAGGAAAAUCCUGAAGCAGUUGCUCAAGCUUUGCUCAACAUCAGGGAACUUAUAUUGGAGAAGAGUCCUGCAAAUGUAAUGAAUUUGGAAACAUUUUUAAAAAAAAAAACUGCAGCUUAGAAAACACCAGAGUUUAUACUAAAAUAUAUUUUUGCAGAUGUGGUAAACAUGAAAAAAUAUUUCAUUCAAAAUUAAUUGUAUGUAAAUAUCAGAAUUUACAGAAUAACUAAGGCACUGACACUUCAGACAUUACAUUAAAUAAGAGUGUUGAGUAUAUAAAUGAAUUCACAACUAAAGUUGUUAGAUAAAUUUGUAUAUAAAUUUGUAUAAACUUGUAUAUAACUUUAAAAGGAGAUUUUUUGAAGCUUUGUAAUUACAUUGAAAGUAUAUUUGUUUCCUUGAAAACAAGUUUUUUGAAAAGUGAAUAAUGAUGUAAUACAGUUUUCAAAUUACUUUAUGCUGUUACUUUAUUAUAUUCAUGUGAAAGUAUGUGAUCAAUUGUUGCUGCAUCAGAGAUAUUAGAGAUUCUUUAUUAGUUGGGCAUUCUUUAUGACCUUUUCUAUAAAAGAGUAAGGACAUUAAAAUAUAAGAUGCAUGACAAAAAUAUAAGUGGAGAGGCUCAUUGUAGUUAACCUGUAUUAAGUAAUGUUUAAGGUAGGUGUUCAGAGUAAUACUUCUCUACAUUAUACUGAGAGAAAGAAAUUAUAAA